GUCUUGGUGAACUCUUAGAAUGCAACACAUGGUUAGACAGGAUGGUUAGAAUGUGCAGAGAGAGACAGGCAGUGAAUAAAACAGAUAGAGAGGUGGGGGAAUGAGAGAGACAAUACGAGAAAGUGAGACGAGAUCCUCUGCAUAAAGAGACAGGAGCUUCCUGCAUGCUGUUCAUUCCUGUGCUUCACAGUGAAGAGAGGCAGGGAUCAGAUCUCUGCAGCCUGGAGGUCCUGCACUGACAGCUUCAAUUUACCAGCUGAUUCCAGCCCAGCUGUCUGUAUCUAGACUGGGCUUUCUGAGGGGACACUGGAAAUAAGAAGCAAUCUAGAUCUUCCAGUGUUGAGGACCCAAGCCUUCAGUGCUGAACACGGAUUGGAACAAGACUGUGGUGGUUCCCUGAAGAGAUGUGACUUACAAAGAAGAUGUCCCAGCUUUCCUCCAGAGUGAGGGGGCUCCCUGCUUGCUAUGCCCUGGGCUUCUCUGCACAGUGAGAAGCUCUUCAGCACCACAGGGCACGAGAGGAGGGGAGCAUCAACGAAGAGGAAAGUAAAGUGAGAAAUAGAAAAAGCAAUCAGAGUAAAAGGGAUUUUCUAAAACCCAACAAGGCAAUAGGAAGUGUUAAGAAGAUCAUUAAAGGGACUCAAAUAAAAGUGAAAAAGUGAAAUAGAAAAAGGAUAAAUAGAAAACAAGAACAUUGAAGAAAAGUUAAUAAGAACGAGGAGGGGGAGAGAAAAGAGGACAAAGAGGAAGGAACUGAAACCAGUGACCCAUAUAGAAGGCAUACUGCAUAGAGACUGCUUGUCCAGACUGCGAGGCAGGGAGAUGCCCCGAGGUUCAGAGGUGCGCCGGGCCCUGCUGCCCCUGCUCUGCGUGCUGCUGGUGUGGGGAGGCUGGGCAGAGAGGGGAGAGAGGGGCAGCCCAGACCGACAGACGCAGAGGACAAAGGAGACUGGCAGGGAGUCCACCACCCAGCCCAGCUUCAACAGCCUGGAUACUGCCCCCCCAGAGUCUCGCUUCGUGGACCCCAAGAUCACCUGGCUGUUUUUCAAGAACAAUUCCAACAAAGGGGUGAACGGGAGGAAGGGGAACCGACACAGAGUGCAGAACCAGCAGCAUGGGCAGCUUGGCCCCCCAGGGCCUCCAGGGCCACCAGGCCCCCCCGGCCUGCCCGGGCCAGCUCUCCCUCCCGAGGAGCUGCUGGAGGAGUUCAGGGCCCUGCUGAAAGAAGCGGCAGCACACUGGGGAGACCUGGAGCCGAGUGUGCGGUGCCCGCUGUGCGGUGGCCAGGGAGACGAGCCCUUGGGGGGCACUGACAGGCAGCCCUCCCUGGCAGGCCCAUAUCACCACGUACAGACCGCUUUCCACUGCCAGCUCAAGGACAACAGCAUGGUGCGCAGACGCAGUCUGCUGGAACUCAGUGACUUUACCUUUCCAGCAGGGGGCGAUAGCCUGAUCCAGCGGGGGCAGGGCUUCAAUAUCAGCAGCGGCCGCUACACAGCGCCAGUCUCCGGCUUCUACCAGCUCACUGCUAGUCUGCUCAUCGAGCACAGGGAGUAUCAUAGGAAGCUGCAGCCCAGACCGGGAGACUGCAUCCAGGUCUCCAUCUGUAUCCAGUCCCUCUGCCAGCGCAACAUGUCGUUAGAGACGAAAGCUGGAGGGGGUUCUGCUGGGAGUCUCUUCACAGUCUUGGCCACCGGCACCUUGUAUCUGCAGGUUGGUCAGCACGUCUCUGUCUUUGUGGACAAUGGCACCGGCUCAGCCAUCUUUAUACAGAAGGGGUCAAGCUUCUCAGGGAUUCUAUUGGGUGUGUGAUUCCUGGGUACCACACCAACCUCUUCCACCAGCGAAUCUGUGACCUUGCAGAAACGUUCCAAGGAAUGUAAACGUUCCAAGGAAUGUAACAAUGAUCUUUCUUUUAAAGAAAAAGAAGGCUGUCGUGACGAGUCCACCAAACCAGACAAGAGACCCCAUAUUCACAGACAGAGGAACUGAGAAUGUGUCUUGGUUGUGGAUCAGAUAGAAGAGACUCCAGUUUAAAAGCCAAGGAAGCGUUUUUGUAUUUCAGUGCAGUAACUGCACCACUGAGGCUUCCAUGGCAGUGAGAUGGCUAUUGAAAACCCAGGACUGUCUUUUCAUUGGUAGCGUUUUCUUACCACAGCUCCCUCGAGUGGGUGACUCUUGUUUAAGUUAUGUAUGCAAAUAUCUUCAAAUUAUCAGAAAUUCUAAGGUAAAAACUAAAAGGGCUUGAUUAAUUCACAGGGAUAAGCCACAGCUGGAUUUUAUUAGUGCAUUUUACAGCACUGGUGUCUUGGAUUUUCAGGGGUACUCCUUGGAUAACCCAAGACAUGUAAAAUGCUCUAAUACAAUCCAGCUGUGGCUUUUCCUGUCGGGAUAUCUGUUGAAUAAAGUCAACCCCAAACAAAAGUAGACAUACAUUCUGGCUAGUGCCAUCAUCUGUUUAAUAAAGGCAUUAAAACGUUUGUCUUAUUUACCUUAUAUAUUUGUAAAUAGACAUUUGCUUUGAAACUAAUAUUCAAAGAUGUGUAUUUUUUCAAGUUCAGCGCUGAUGUGAUAUAAUUGAAGAAUACUAGUUUCAAAUUCAAUUUUUAAAGAUAUUUUUUACUACCCCUUUGGUUCAUAUAGCCUGUGUUACACAUAUCUAUCAUGGACUAUAUCAAAAAGGUUAAAAAACUCAUUAAGAACUUAUAUUGCAUUAAGAACCGCUCUGAAUGAUUGCAAAUCAUAAAAAGGACCAGAAUAUAAUUUAAGUGUUUACCUAAAAACUUUAUUUAUUGCUUCUCAUCUGAAUAAAUAUUGGCAUUAUAUUGUGCUUGGUUUGUGAGGA